UCAACCCAUCACGGAUGCACGAGCAUUGGCGCACGCACGUACACACACCUACCUCCUGCGCUCUGCAACCCCUCCCGUCUCUGCUUUUCCUCUAGUCUCUUCAGCUUUGCCUGUCAGUAAGGUACUACUCCACUGUUGGAGGCUUCCCUCCCCCGGACUGUGUACGAGAGCAAGCCGCUGUCGUACCCUGAGGCACGGAGCUCUACUCUUACAGAUUAACCAUGGCUACAAUCGUGACUUCGACCAGGUUUACCGACGAGUACCAACUCUACGAAGAGCUCGGGAAGGGAGCGUUUUCAGUGGUGCGUAGGUGUGUGAAGAAGUCGUCAGGACAAGAAUAUGCCGCAAAAAUCAUCAACACUAAGAAGCUGUCUGCUAGAGACCAUCAGAAACUGGAGAGGGAAGCUCGCAUCUGCCGCCUCCUGAAACACUCCAACAUUGUGAGACUCCAUGACAGCAUUUCAGAGGAAGGCUUUCAUUACCUUGUCUUCGACCUGGUGACAGGAGGGGAGCUUUUCGAAGACAUUGUGGCCCGGGAGUAUUACAGUGAGGCCGAUGCCAGUCAGUGUAUCAGCCAGAUCCUGGAGAGCGUCAAUCACAUCCACCAGCAUGAUAUUGUGCACCGGGACCUCAAGCCCGAGAACCUGUUGCUGGCCAGUAAGAUGAAGGGAGCUGCAGUGAAAUUGGCGGACUUUGGCCUGGCUAUUGAGGUCCAGGGAGACCAGCAGGCCUGGUUCGGCUUUGCGGGCACCCCUGGCUAUCUCUCCCCUGAGGUCCUGAGGAAGGACCCCUAUGGAAAGCCUGUGGAUAUCUGGGCCUGUGGUGUAAUCCUCUACAUCCUCCUGGUGGGAUACCCUCCAUUCUGGGACGAGGAUCAACACAAGCUCUAUCAGCAGAUCAAAGCCGGGGCCUACGACUUUCCAUCCCCCGAGUGGGACACGGUGACCCCGGAGGCCAAGAACCUGAUCAACCAGAUGCUGACCAUCAACCCGGCCAAGAGGAUCACAUCCGAGCAGGCCCUGAAGCACCCAUGGGUCUGCCAACGCUCCACAGUAGCGUCCAUGAUGCACAGGCAGGAGACCGUGGAGUGUCUCCGCAAGUUCAACGCUCGCCGGAAACUCAAGGGAGCCAUUCUCACCACUAUGCUGGUGUCUAGGAACUUCUCAGUGGGCCGGCAGCAUACCAACUCUGCUGCUGCCGCCUCCUCCACGGCCUCGCUGGCUCAGGAAGCAUGCAAAAGUUUACUCAACAAGAAGUCCGACUCAGCCAAGCCCUCGACCAACAACAGUAAGAACAGUAUAGUGAGCGCCAUCAAUGCCCUGAAAGACAGCAACAUGGGAACCAACUCCCAGAUGGAAUCCCAGAGCACCGUGGUCCACAACCCCCCCGACGGUGUCAAGGGAUCAACGGAGAGCAAUGCAACCAAUGACGAGGAGGAGAUGAAGGCGGACAGCUCGGUGCUGAGUCAGAACAGUGCCACAGAGGAGAUGCCCCUCCUCCUCUCCUCAACCCAGAGUUCACCUGCCACUGUUCCGCCGAAUGACAUAAAGCGCAUGGCAUGGAACAGCACGGGCAACAGCAGCUCCUACCCCGAGUCAGAGCAGGCUCAGUCUGCCCCCGACGCGGCUCCACUAGGGGGCAGCGCCGUCCCAGCUAAGACCAACACGCAGCUGACUCGCAAACAGGAGAUAAUCAAGAUAACAGAGCAGCUGAUUGAGGCGGUCAAUAAUGGCGAUUUUGAUGCUUACACGAGGAUUUGUGAUCCUGGGCUCACCUCUUUUGAACCUGAGGCUCUAGGGAACCUGGUCGAGGGCAUGGACUUCCACAAGUUCUACUUUGAGAACUUGCUGAGCAAGAACAGCAAGCCCGUGCACACCACUCUGCUCAACCCCCACGUGCACCUGAUCGGCGAGGACGCGGCGUGCAUCGCCUACAUCCGCCUCACCCAGUUCCUGGACUCCACGGGCCGCCCGCGCUCCAGCCAGUCGGAGGAGACCCGUGUGUGGCACCGCCGCGACGGCAAGUGGCUCAACGUGCACUUCCACUGCUCAGGGGCCCCGGCCGCGCCGCUCCAGUGAUCAGUAGUCCAGAGGCUCCAGUCUACUGGAGUGUGCGUUUUUGGGGGGCAGUUUUUUCGGCGAGUGUGUUUAAGGGGCCCGUCCUCUGCGUGGAUUGGCUAAUGCCUAGGAGCCCGGCCGGGCAAGAUUGCAUCCCUCUCCACGACACCAACCAAUCCCAGUCCCUCCUUUGACCUGCUGGGGGCCGGCCGAACACAGACUCCGCCCCCAUGGGAUGAUGCAUGCAACUGGCGCCUGACCGGAGGGCGCACCUUAGCCCUCUGACCCCCCUCCCCCGGCGGCCAUCUUUUUUCUGCCCGUGCAAGACGAGACACCCUGGGGGAGACAGCGUUUACAGUUGAACUUGUGACAGUUUAUGAGUAUGAGUAAUGAAUAUAUUGUUAAUUAUGACUAGCUGUACCAGAAAAAUCACCAAAACACAACCAACCAAGCAUUUAUAUUUACUAUCUUAAAAAAAAAAAAAAAAAAGGGAGAAGCGGCGAGAGGGGGGGGGGGGAGAGAUUGGCGGCAGCGACAGCCGAACUGGGAUUUUAACCGUGCACCCGCAGCAGGGGGGGUCUCUAGUGGACCCCAGGGGCAGACGGCGCUGUGCUGGGUACCGGCAUUUUGAUGUGUAUAUGACGUAGGGAUGCUUUCCUCUAGGUAAGCAGUCCAGCUGGCAUGGGGGGGGGGGUGGGGGGGGGUUGUUGUCAGACUGGAACGGAGUCAGCAGGAGAAACUAACCGGAAUGAAACGAGCAAGCUUGAUAUCAACGACAUGAAGCACCAAAGUGUAGAACUUUACGCUUUUUCUGUGUACUCAUGUGUGUUUUUCCGUGUGCCGUUCGUCGCCGUUCUGUCGAGGGGUGCUGACGUGGGGGUGGGGGUGGGAGGGGCGGGUGGCUGGGUGGGAGAUGGACGUGUGUUUUAUUGUGUUUUUAGCGUCCCCGUUGCGUUCCUCUUUAAAAACUAGCGUCUGCCUGAACUACUUUUUAAGCAAGCUUUCUGUUCCUUUCCGUUCUUUCGUUUUUUUCCACACGGGGACUUUUAUCGUGCAAGUGUUGGAGCGGCCCGGUGCGCCGCGCUGUGAGCGAGGGCGUGCAUGUGUUGCGGCGCAAGGAGAGGCUGCGGCGGGUAUGGCGUCUGCGAUUUGCAUGUUUGACCGCGACCGUCUCCUUCACUCUCCCUCGCCCCCCACCCCUUCCCAUAUCCACCCUAAUCCCCGAACUCCUUGCCUUCUCCUCAACCUAACCCCAAACUCCUUGCCCCCAUGUCCUCCUCCCCCCAAACCUUUCCUCUUAACCCCCCCACCCCCCACGGCUGUCCCCCUCCUCUGCUUCUGGCUCUCAAGGGAACUGACGUCCUGUUCUGUUAUCACUGUGUAUAUGCAGUGUCUUCUGUAUAGAUAAAUGUAGAGAAAAGUGUAAUAUAUGUACAUGCAUCCAAGAGACUCUUGUCCUGUGCGUCGGCUGUGGGAUUUAGCCGAUGGUACCCUGCAAUGUCCCCCAUCCCCCCCCCCCCUCCUCCCCCAUUGUUCGUUAAACAAAAGUAAACAAAACAAACAGCCGCAACUGUUUGUAACACGUGGUCGAUCGGGAGCUUUCUGAUGCGCUCCAACGCUCUCUUCCUCGGUAAACCGGACUUGAGAUUCCGGCAAUUUACGAUUGAUUUAAAGUACUUGGGGGUACUUUCCCAGACUUAACUUCACCCAGAGUCCCUUACGGACGUCUGCACUUAGGCCGCACAAACAUAAACGCACGCACAUAUAUACAGACAAACACACACACGCGCACAAGUUGCCACGUCUUGUCCCAUGGCCACUUCACUGUGUUCGGAGGAUGUGAUCAUUUGACUUUUAAAGGGAAAACUGGUGUACCCACGUGCUGUUUGACCAGCCGAGUGGAAACCUCUGUCGUUGCUUCCCCAGCCCCCCUCCCCAAAAAUAUAUUGUAUUUUAUGAGUCGUUCACAAAAGGCACACACACACACGUGCAUACCUGUCUAUACCAAACGCACGUGGGGAGGGGAACUGUUGCCUAUCCGCACCAGAGCUCGGUGGUGUGUGCGCGACAGCGAGGUCGUUCUGUGCUAAUCCAACGUGUCCGUUCCUCCGUCCGUCGUGAGUCUCGACCAGCCCCCCCUCCCAUCGGUCCUCUGAUGUCCCCCGACCCUGUUGCUCUCGUAGUGCUUCGUUGGUCUGUAGCUCCUCUUGUCGUUUUCACUCGUUGCUGGAUUGUCGUUUUCUCUGUUCCGUUUCUCUGUCUUUUGUUUUCGUCGUCGUCGUCGCCGUUGAACUUGUCUCUUUUGCAGUUUUUUGUAAUAUAACGCUCUGCCAAGCUAGAGUUCUGCACUCUCCCUCAGACCGAUACACACACACACACACCUACACACAAAAACCCGCACCCACAACCGCACACAAACACACACACAAACCUGCACUUAAGCACCCGCACAAAAUAAAAGGGAGUUUGGAUCGAGGUUAACAAUUAUGAUCAGAGAUGAAUUAAGGCUCAGUUAAAUGUUUCUGUUGUCGACCCCGGGAGUUUUUUGAGAAUUCUGCCUGCUCAGUAGAGGGAGAGGGAGAGUGCAAGAACGAGGAAGGGAGAGAGAGAGAGAGGGGUGCUGGUUUCAAAACCCGGCACCACCAGACCGGGAGACCUAGUUAUAUGCAUGUUUCAGUUAAGCAUUUCCGCCAUGUUCCUGCCUUAUUAAAAAGGACAGGGGAUGGCGUUUCUAAUAUAUAACGAUAUUUGCAUCUUUGAAACGAGAGCCGCCUCCAUCCAGAAUGUUGAAAUAAUAGGUGACAUGAAAAAUAAAAAAAUAAAAUACGUUUAAAAAAUCUAUAUAUCAACUAAAGGAUUGAGGAGCCGUAGCUUGGUUUGAGGCCCUUGAUGUUAGUAUUUUUUCCCUGCGUUGUAAUGAUAUACUAUUGGGCUGCGCUUCCGUCCCCAGCCGCCUCCAUGUGGAUGCUGGUGUUUUUUUGCAUGAUCAUGUUGUACACUGAAAUACAACCAUGAAUUGACAACUAUCAAGUGUUUGUCUGAGUGUUAGUUGGUCUUCAUCAUAGCUUUGUUAUUCUUCAAAAACUUGGAUCUUGAAAGUAUUUAAUAAAAAUACUAUUUCAGCACUGG